UGAGCUCUCCCCUCUAUGACCUUCUUGAAAGAGAUUCUUCCCUGACCUCUGAUCAAUUUCUAUUAAUUAGGGAGACCAAAAUGACAAAAUGAUCUAACUAAGACGAUUCUGGCUCUCAGCCCAAGCACAGCUCAAGUGGGAAGAGGCGGCAGCAACAGCCCUUGCGGCGGCGAGGAGGGCAGAGCCCAGAACGGAAGCGGCUUCACCCGGUGACGCCGGCGCCGGCCCGGCCCCGCCCCGGGGUUGGCCUCCGCGCAGAGGAUCUGCCGGCUGCCAGAGAAGUGCAGAACGUGCCUCCGAGGAAAGGAUCCGCUCACCUGACCUGGCAUCCUCCUCUCGUGCAAAACCGAGAUCCAGGUGGCGAAGGGAGCGAUGGGUGGCCCCGAGACCCGCCUUGGCUUCCUGGUCCUGCUUCUGAUUGUCUGCUUCAGCGGGACGCCCGGCGACGCUCACUCUCUGUCCUAUAACUUCACCAUCGAUCCUCAGCCCAGACCUGGACAGCUGUGGUGUAACGUUGAAGGUGAUGUGGACAGAGAGGUUUUUCUGUCCUAUGAUUGUGGUCAUGCUAAGAUCAUAUUCACUAGUCCAUUGGGAGAAGAAGUGAAAACCAUGAAGUCCUGGGAAACACAGAUCGAAACUCUCAGAGACAUCAGGGACCAUCUGCGUGUCUUUACACUGGAGAAACCCAUGGUCACGGACCCUCUCACCCUGCAGGCCAGGAUGACAUGUCGCUGUGAGGAUGACAGACACAUCAGUGGAUCCUGGCAGUUUGGCUUGAAUGGACUAAUGAGCCUCCACUUUGAUUCGGAGAAUGGACACUGGAGAGUGGAUCACCCUGGAGGCAGAUGGAUGAAAGAGAAGUGGGAGAAUGACAGAGAUGUGACCAACUUCCUGAAGAAGAUCUCCAUGGGAGACUGUGGGGCCUGGCUUCAGGCUUUCAUGGGGCGCUGGGAGAAAAUGUUGAAGACCUCGGCAUCACCGACCACGGGCCCCUCUGCAGUCCAGCCCAGGGCCACAGCCAUCAAGUCCAAAGCCUGGAUCCUCCCUGUGCUCCUCACCAGUUUCAUCAUAACUGUCUUCCUGGGCUGAGUCCUUUCCAGGAACAGGAGACGGUGCUCCCAAGAAGCCCACAGGUGCUCUGUCUGCCUUUCUUCUGCUCUUCACUUUAGAUCCAGGAGAUCACACCCCAUGGAUCCUGAGUCUGUUUUCCGGUUACAAUGACACAGUAGAUGAAUCAUCUCAUGGGUUUUAUCACGUUUGACAAAAUCCUACUCAGCAUCUUUAAAAAAAAACAGAAACUAUUUCACCACUUUCUUCUGGUGCUAAGCGAUGGAAUUUCUACACUGAAAUAAUCAGGUACUUGAAGAAAUCUCCACAAACAGGACAUUUUUCAUCAUAGUCUAGUUUGUGGAUAAUUAGACUCUGCCUCGUGACCUCGUUCUUGCAAAUGAUAUUGCAAGAAAAAUACCAUCUGCUCUUAUAGGACUCAGGGAUUCUUUCUGUGUGUGGAGAAAUCACCUCAGCCUAUUUUCAAUAGAACAAAGUUUUAUUUAUGACUGUCUCCCUCAAUAAUUUAUUAUGCUGAAAGUGAAAGUGUUAGUCGCUCAGUCCUGUCCGACUCUCUCCGACCCUGUGAACUGUAGCCUGCCAGGCUUCUCUGUCCAUGAGAUUCUCCAGGCAAGAACACUGAAGUGGGAUGCUGUUUCCUUCUCCAGGGACCUCUCCAACUCAGGGGUUGAACCCUCGUCUCCUGUGUCUCCUGCAUUGACAUUCAGAUUCUUUACCAUCUGAGCCACUGGGGAAGCCUAUUUAUUAUGCUACUGCUACUUGAAUCAAAAUCUCAGUACUCCAGAAAACUUGCAGUAUUUAAGUUUCUCUCUCAUGAGAGAAGUCAUGAUGUGUCACCAUUUCUCCACCUUAUGGGAUUAAAUGUACCUGGUGCUUCUGAGAAAACGUGGUCUGAGCGGAUGCGUGCACCCUGUGUUCAUGGCAGCGCUGUUCCCAGCAGCCAGGCCUGGAAGCCACCUCGUGUCCACUGACAGAUGAAUGGAGAGAGAAGAUGUGGACAUAUAUCCAGUGCAGUGUUACUCAGCGUCAAAAAGAAUGAAAUAACGCCAUAUGUAGCAACAUGGAUGGACCUGGAGAUUGUCAUAUUGAGCGACAUACGUCAGACAGAGAAGCAGAAACACCUUUUGCCAUCACUUAUAUGUGGAAUCCAAAAAGUCAUGACACAAGUGCUCUUACUUACAAAACAGAAAGGGACUCACAGAUUUAGAGGAUGAAUUUAUGGUUGCCAGGGGGAACGGAUGGGGGGUGAUAGUUAGGGAGUCUGGGGUCAAGAUGUACACAUUGAUUUAUUUAAAAUGGAUAACCAGUAAGGACCUCCUGUGUAGCACAUAGAACUCUGCUCAAUGUUAUGUGGUAGCCUGGGUGGGGAUGGGAGGGGAGUCAGGGAAGAAUAGAUGCAAGUACGGAAGUGAAAGUGAAAGGUUAGUUGCACAGUCAUGUCUGACUCUUUGGGAUCCCGUGGACUGUAAGCUGCCAGCUCCUCUGUCCAUGGAUUCUCUAGGCAAGGGAAUACUGGGGUGGGUUGCCAUUUUCUUCUCCAGGGGAUCUUCCCAACUUGGGGUUCGAACCCAUGUCUCUUGCAUUGCAAGCAAAUUCUUUACCAACUGAAUCACCAGGGAAGAUAGAGACAUGUAUGUGUGUGUUAAAUCCCUAGCCUAGCUUCUUUGUGCUGCUCAUUCAGGACGCCUACACUCCUCCCUGUGUGUAUAUUUCCACUUUGCUUCCAUCUUAAAUAAACAAACUGUUUCUCUGUA